AUGCUGAGCAGGUGGAUGAGUGGCAGCAGCAGGAACCUGGACCGCGAGUACAACUGCACCGUGCGGCUGCUGGACGACAGCGAGUACACCUGCACCAUCCAGGUCAGCCUCCGCGGCACCGGCACCGCGGCCGCGCUGCCCCCGCAGCCGCCCGGCCCCGGCAGACAAAAGGACGGAGCGGCGGGGGCGGCCCCGGUGCUGCCCCGCGCCGCCAACAAAGGCGGCCCCCCCGCUCCCGCCGCCCGCCUCCCCCCGGCUCUCGGGCGGGGACCGGAGCCGCGGCUGCCGGCGGCGGGGAGAGCCCCGGGGCUGAGCCCCGCAGCCGCGGAGGGGUGCGGGGAUGGCGCCGAGAGCCGCCCGCCUGCCCCCGGCGCUGCGAUGCCCGCAGCACCCGGAGCGCCGCCGGAGCCGGAGCGGGGCACGGGCUGCCCGGCACGGCCGCCUCGGGGCCGGGGGAGCCGCGGCCGUGCCCCGCGGAGCCGCUCGGUGCGCGGGGGCCGCGAGCAGCGCGGGGAGGACGUGGGUGCCAAGUGGAGUACGGGGGAUGCGGCGGGCGGGGAUGCGCGGGGACCCGCGGGGCAGGGAUGCUGCGGGGCAGGGAUGCGCGGGGGUGCUGCUGGCAGGGACCGACCCUCCCGGCCCCGCCGCAGCCGGGUGCCCGCUCUGCCUCCCCCGUUAGCGCCCGGCUCGCCGUGA